AUGAGGGGGCGAAAUGGCGAAUGUCGGCCGAUGGGAGACGAGGAGGCCGGCGGUGGAGGGCAGGACGACAAUGUGGGGAGGAUGGAGGAGCCGGUGGCUGGGGAGGAAGAAGGAGCAUGCCAUGAGGACCGUGUCGGACCGAGCUCCGAGCGCCCGGAGACCCCCCAAGAGCGCCAACGGCAUCCACCCCCGGCCCUCAUACCCGAACCCGUGCGGCGAGGCGAGCGGCCAGGGCUCGCCGUCCUUGCGUGCCGAGGCGACCGCGAGACAGGGCCGAGGCCACCGUCCGCUUUUUCAACCAUCCAUCUUUGCCCCCUGCAGGUGACUGAUGGCUCAUUGACACUGAUGCCCUGUGUGAUAGCUUCGAAUGGGAGCUGUGUCGCGUACGAGAGGGGCGCGCUUCUCUCCAUCAAGGAGAGCCUCUGGGAGCCCAAUGUCAACCUCUCGUCAUGGCAAGGUGAAGAGUGUUGCAACUGGAAAGGCAUCAGGUGCAGCUACAAAACCGGCCACGUCGUCAAGCUCAAUCUUCGUGGAAGUGCUCAAGACUGCUUCAGAUACUCUACGUAUAGAGGUGCGAUAAGCCACUCCUUGGUUACUUUACAGCAACUAAGGUAUCUAGACUUGAGCUGCAAUAACUUCAACUGGACUGAGAUACCGGAGUUCAUUGGUUCUUUCCCAAGCCUUAAAUAUCUUAACCGUUCAUACAACUUGUUCUAUGGGAGAAUACCCCCGCAGAUCGGGAAUCUCUCGAAGCUUGUAUACCUUGAUCUUAAUCCCUUAAACAACAACAACCCGUUGUACUCAAGUGAUCUUCAGUGGUUAUCGCACUUGUCGUUACUGAAGCACCUCGACUUGAGCUAUAUUAACCUUACCACUGUAGUGGACUGGGUCAAUGAAAUUAACAUGCUUCCGAAUCUUAUCAAGCUUUACCUACAGCACACUGGCCUUAGAAGCACAGUUGUUGUCCUUGGCCAAUCCAAUCUUACGGCACUCGAGGUGCUUGACAUCUCAUGGAACAACUUUAACACCCCAAUUGCUUCCAACUGGUUUUGGAACUCCACGUCCCUCAGUUCUCUGAACUUGUAUGCUUGUCCCUUUUAUGGCCCUAUUCCGGAAUACAUUGGCAGCAUGGCCUCUCUUGAAGAAGUUAAUUUCGGGGGACAUAAUCUAAUGUCCGCGAUGAUACCAUCAAAUUUCAAAAAUUUAUGCAACCUGGAGAUACUGAAUCUAGAAGACAGCCAAACCUCAGGGGAUAUCAAGGAGUUGAUGGAGCGGUUACCAAACUGUACUUCGAACAAGAUGCAAGUGUUGGACUUGGGUCAAAAUAUGUUAGGUGGGGCCAUGCCCAGUAGUCCAGGACCCCUUAAAAACCUGACCUGCUUGGACCUGCCUCACAAUAAGCUUACAGGACCUAUUCCGAAAUGGAUAUGGUCACUCACCGAAUUGCUUGUUUUGGACCUAGAAGUAAACGAGCUAAACGGUGUAGUCACUGAAGAUCACCUAAAAAGCCUCAGAAAUUUGAAGAUCUUAAUUUUGGGCAAUACACUUCUUCAGAUCAAGGUCAGUCCGAAUUGGGUUCCUCCAUUCAAACUACAAGCAGUUCUGUUAGAUGGUCUGCAGAUAGGGCCAGCAUUCCCGUCAUGGCUUAGAUCGCAGACAGGCCUUGGGCUCCUUAUGAUUGCAAAUGCAAGCAUAACUACAAUCCCAGAUUGGGUUUGGGUUGCAUUUUCAAGGGCAGAAGUUGUGGAUCUGUCCAAAAAUCAGAUAACCGGCACACUACCAGCAACAAUGGAAUUUAUGGCAGCAGAACUUAUCAUUCUAUCCAACAACAGAUUUACCGGUGCAGUUCCAAAAUUUCCAAGAAAUAUUAAAGGCAUGUACUUAUCAGUGAACUCUUUAUCAGGGACAUUGCCAUCAGAUUUCGGAGCCCCGUUAUUGCAGGAUCUUAGUCUUUAUAGCAAUUCAAUAUCAGGCCCCAUUCCAUCUUCAUUGUGCUCAUUGACACAGUUGACUCUGCUAGACCUAUCAGGCAACAAGCUGACAGGAGAAGUUCCAAAUUGCAAAGAGGAUUCUAACUCAACCAUGCAUAACCUUAAUAUGGUAAAUUUGAAUACCAACAACCUGUCAGGAGAGUUCCCAGUAGUCUUUCAAAGCUGCCCCAACCUUGUUUUUGUUGAUCUUUCAUAUAACAAAUUCUCCGGAGACCUACCUGUCUGGAUGGGCGUGAAGUUACCGUACUUAGCACUGUUAUGUCUGCGGUACAAUAUGUUUACUGGCCAAAUUCCCAUUGAAAUUGGAAAUAUUCAAGAGCUACAGUAUAUAGAUCUUGCACACAACAACUUCUCAGGAAGCAUGCCGGAAUCAUUAGUUAACUUGAGUGCAAUGGCCCGCACUUCUCAAUAUAGUUAUGUUCUAGGUCAACAACUUGAAUUUUUUUAUGAAAUCUCAGAUACGGUGGUUCUUGAUUUGUCAUGUAACAGUUUAACCGGAGUGAUCCCUCCAGAGAUUGGUUCUCUUGCUGGGCUAAGAAGUCUGAACUUUUCGUGGAACAGCUUAAGUGGUGCUAUCCCUGAGAAGAUUGGUAAACUCAUGCAAUUGGAAUCUCUUGACCUGUCAAACAAUGAGCUUUCAGGCGAGAUCCCUUCAAGCAUGACUGCUCUCACCUCUCUAAGCUAUAUGAACCUGUCAUACAACACUCUGACUGGAAAGAUACCAACUGGGAAUCAAUUCCAUACUUUUGACGCAUCUGACUACAUUGGAAACAUUGGUUUAUGUGGUUACCCCUUGACGAACAACUGUACAGGAAAUAGUUCAAGUGGACCUACACAUGCAGAUCAUGGAGAUGGAUCCGAUCAUAUAUCCUUCUACCUUGGUUUGGCUGUUGGGUAUAUCCUUGGCCUUUGGGUGGUCUUCUGUGUGAUAUUGUUUAAAAAAAGAUGAAGAACUGCUUAUUUCAUAUUUGUGGAAGGGCUGCAGGACAAGAUUUAUGUGGCAGUGGUACUGAGAUGGGCCAAUCU